AUGGGCAGUAAUGGACCCAGCCCCGGAUCAAACACAAAUAUGAACGCUAACACGAACAAUAACGCCGCAGUCAAAGCUUGCGCCGGGUGUGGUGGUCGCAUUUGUGAUCGUUUCUUAUUACAUGCCUUGGAUAGAUAUUGGCAUACCGGCUGCUUAAAAUGUUCCUGCUGCCAAGCACAACUGGGAGAAAUUGGCACAUCCUGUUUUCACAAAGCUGGCAUGAUCCUAUGCCGAAAUGAUUACAUAAGAUUAUUUGGUUCGGGCGGAACGUGUGCGUCCUGCUCGCAGAACAUUCCAGCCAGCGAACUAGUCAUGCGAUUACAAGGCAACGUCUACCAUCUCAAAUGUUUCACCUGUAUGUCCUGCAACUGCCAACUGAUGCCCGGUGAUCGCUUUGGUGUCAUCAACGGAAGUCUGGUCUGUGAACAAGAUUACCCUAAAGUUCUCAAAGGACAUGGUCCCCUCACGUCGCGUGCCACGCAUAAGGUAAGCCUUGAACUCAUUUCCUGUUGCGUAAAUAAAUGA